CCACACAGAACAGUAGGUAUUUUUUCGUUAAAAAAUACGAUACUCUAUGCUGAGCAAUCAAUAUAAUAGGUAAAACAUAUAUAUUAUGAUGACCAGUUUAUUAAUUUGAAGAAAUGUCCAAGAACAACAGUGCCAAAAUUCUUCCUCCGCGAGAACCCGGAUCCUUUUUGGUGGGGAAUUAUGAUUUCAAACCAACGAUUCCAACUUAUUUAGAGUUGUGGCGUAAACAUGGCGACCUUAUUACCCUGGUAACAUUUGGCCAAACAAUGAUUGUCGUCUGCGGCCAUAAAACGCUUACAGAAGUGCUAGAAAAAAAUGGCGAAAAUACUUAUGAGCAUCCUUUUGUUUUCGGAUUUAAAGAAUAUUUUGAAUGUUCAGGUAUCCUUGGUGCGUUCGGGCAGGUUUGGAAAAAACAAAGGAAAUUCGUCAUUGAUACCCUCAGAAAAAUUGAUUCAGGAAGCGCCAACCAGGAGUCACAUGUAGCGGAUGUAGUUGUAGAUUUUCUAAAAGAUGUGGAGCUUGCCAAUGGUCAGCCUAUUGAAAUGAAAAAAGUAAUUAAUACAAAUCACUGUAACAUUAUCUUUUCCUUACUUUUUGGGGAAAAAUUUGAGCAUGGAGAUGAAACACUGAGUCGCCUUGCUGGUUUGGUAGAAGAAGCAGGGUAUGCUGUGUCCGAUUCAGGGGUGCUUUCAUUUUUUGAGUGGCUGAAGUAUUUGCCAGGAGACCUAUUCAAAGCUAAACGCUUACGCUAUCUCGUUGAUGAAAUCAAAAAAGUAGUAAAAGAGUCUGCGGAUAAACACAAGGAAAAGACACACGAUGCAGAUGCUACUGACUUCAUCUACAGCUUCAUGCAAGAACAAGAAAAGAUGACGCAAGCUGGUGAGGACAUGGAAGGAUUCACAGACCGUGACAUGAUUUUGUUUGGAUUUGGUUUUCUGUUCGGGGGGAUUCCUGUCACACAUGCACUGGCGUGGUCCUUCCUUUACCUCGUGCAUCAUCCCGAUGUUGUCUCAAAUAUGCAAAAGGAAAUUGACAACAUCAUUGGCAAAAAUCGCCUUCCAACCAUGGAAGACCGACCAUCUCUUCCAUACUGUCAAGCGGUCAUCUACGAAGUACUCCGUAUGGCUUCAGUGAGCUCUGGUGCACCUGCUCACGUUCUGUCAGCUGAUAUAGAGGUCAAUGGGUACACGCUUCCAAAGGAUGCGUGGUUAAUCCCGGGUUUGUCUACAAUUAACUGGGAUCCUUCUAUUCACACAGAACCAGAAAAGUUCAACCCUGGACGAUUUAUUAAUGAUGAAGGUCAACUUUUCGGAUUUGAAAAAGUCUACACUUCUUUCUUUAUAGGACCAAGAACAUGUCUGGGCCAAAGUCUUGCCAUGAUAGAGAUGUUUCUUAUCAUAACAAGCGUUGUACAGAAAUACGAUAUCGACAACGAACCAGGGAACCCCUUAGUAUCCCUCGAGGGAAUUUACAAAGGGGUCCACAUACCUAGUCCUUACAAUUUGUGUCUUAAAAACAGAUUGUAAUUCUGAAUGCAAUGUUUUAGGUCAUCAAACCGAUUUGAGUUAUUGAAAUAGUUAGAAGAGUUGAUGAAGAAUCUAAGUGACUCUAAAGGAUUUUUAUAGUUUAUAUUAAUUUACAAAAUUGUUCACGAUUAUAUUAAAGAGGUAAAUUUAAAAAUGUUUGGCCCAAAUAGGCAUCUGUGUUUAGUACAUACAUAGUUUUAAAAGAACAUUAAUUCUUGGUAUUUUCUGGCUAUAAAUAGAGAAAAUUAAACAGAUUAGCAGAUUUGUUAUAUUUUAUCUAAUUAGAAAUGCUUGCAUGUUGACAUAAAACAACAUUGAAAGCGUCCUUUGAUUUAUUUAACUUCUAUUCCUACCCUUUACAAUCGCUUGCUAAAAUUACGAUUCAAAAAUUGAAUAACAUUUAUUAGUCUCCAUGUUUGUUUAAAGUUCUACUGUAUAUAAAUUUAACAAAUAGGAUAAACUUAAAUGAGUGGCUGGAUGAGAAAUGAAACGUAUUUUGAAUUGUUGUAAAUAAAGGCAUUUUUAAGUUUUUAUCUUCACAUGCCAUGAUUACAGUUUAUCUUUUGUUUAUCAUUAAGAACAAUGUUUAAUCUGUAUUUGCGCCUUGUAAAAUGCAUGUAUGUACUCCAUAGAAAUAUUUCCUGUAUAUGUUAACUGGUAUAGAAAUAGUUUGUUUAUUACCAUGUUAUAUAAUAUGCUUUUUGUCAAAUAAAUAACAUGUAUAGCGUCA